CUGCCUCUGCUGCCUUGCGACGGUUAAGGGGAUAGUAGGUAGACAUCCAUAGUAUGUACAUGCACAAACGGCCACACCACCCCCCGGGUGUCCUGUUUGCUGUUUGUCUCUCCCACCCACGGCAUCGCGUUGCAUUUUUGCUCUCCGCAUCCGUGAUAUUUCGUUCGACCUUUUCUGCUAUGCUGCCGUAUAACUUCGACCUUCAGCCGGCAGAAACAUAAGCGUGUAAGAAAGGCAAUCGUAUACUAUCGUAUCGAGUAGAGAUCAGACACCGCAGUAGCUAGCCAUGGCAGUAACCGACAAAGGCCCCAUGAUCAUCGGGGUGACGAUGAUGUUCGAGGUCAUCGCCCUAGGAGCCCUCUGUCUCCGAUUCUGGUCCCAGCAACUCCUCCGCCGGAAGAUCUACGCUCACGAUAUUUUUACUUUGUUUGGAUUUAUCUGCGCAACAGCUCUCACGGCCUGCCUCAUCUGCAGUGUCCAGUACGGCGGUCUCGGGCGUCACGCGAUCGAGCUCCUCGCGACCCCCGAGAAGCUCGUCGUCUUUGGAAAGCUCCUCAUCGCCGUACAAGCCCUCUGGGCCUUCUCAAUGACCAGCAUCCGGCUGUCGAUCCUGCACCUGUACCUGCACCUCUUCACGACGCACCGGCGCUUCCGCAUCGUCUGCUGGGCCCUCAUGGCCGCCUGCCUGCUCUGGGCCCUCGGCGACCUCCUCACCGUCUUCCUCCUCUGCCGCCCCCUCGCCUUCAACUGGAACAAGCUGAUCCCCGGCCGCUGCGGCAACAUCAACGCCGCGUACCUCUCCGUGCACUCCACGAACUUCGCCAUCGACUCCACCAUCGCGCUGCUGCCCACGCCCGUGCUCUGGGGCCUGCAGCUGCCGAUUGGGCGGAAGCUGGGCGUCUGUCUUAUGUUUGCGCUGGGCGCCCUGAUCUGCGCCAUCUCCAUCGCCCGCAUAUGCCUGUACCAGCUCGCGCUCGGCUACGACCAGAGCGACUUCACCUGGUCGGGCUCGACGCUCUACCUCUUCACCGCGCUCGAGCCCCUGAUCGCGUGCUCGCUCGCCUGCAUGCCGCUCCUGCGCCCCGUGAGCGAGAAGCUGAGCGCCUCGCCCGUCGUCACCUGGGCGAAGUCGUGGGUCACCUACUCCACCUCCGGGUCUUCCAGGUUCGGGAGGGGGCAGCAGAGUGGUGAUACGGGGAAUGACAGCCUGGAGGGCGGGCUGACGGUCACGACGAUUGGUGGGGGCUCGAAUCGGUUCCAUUGGAGGAGGCUGAGUGGUGAUAGUAGAGGGAUCAGGGUCAAGUAUCAGGUGGAUCAGGAGAGUGUCGAGAUGAGAGGGGCUAGUCCAUAGGGAUUAUUAUGUUGGAACUAACUGUCUACUAAGUACCUGCUGGGUUACCUAGGUAGGUAGAUAUCAUACGUCGGGCUGUUUUUGAUAUUUAGGGGGCUCUAGAACUGAGGGGUGGCAUAUUUGUACCAAUACUGAGGAUGGAAAAGUCUGUUUCUGUACGUCUACAUGGUACCGGACGCCUUUUUACGCUAGCUGUAUGAAUAAAUGAACAACAAGUACUACCU